GAAAAUAGGCGUGAUAUUGUCAUUAGUCAAGCCUUAACGACGCUAGUGGCUUCCCUGGUGAGCCAGAUCGAGCGGCUGGGCAUGACCCCAAGCUACUGGCAACAGCUUGAACGCGUGGGAUUUGGGUUUCAAGUUAGCAGCUUUCUUUCGACGGCAGGCGACGAGGACAACAUGCUUGAGGACAUGGUUGUGGGCAUGGAUGACCUCAAAAAUAUCGUCAUCACGGUGAGCGCCGUGGACGGCUCGGAAUUUGAUCCCGUCAUUCGUGGUCGGCGAUGGAACUUUGAGCUCGACUUGGGCAUCCCGGUGCAAUACUGGCCCUCAGUCACGGAGAAUCUCAAGCGCGGCCAAGCCAUGGCUGUCUAUCCAGUUCUUUUUUCACAGGGCGUCAAUGAGAUGCAAACGAUUGCAAAUCUUGUGGGCGACUCGAAAAUUCAAGAUGUCAUCAAUCGUCACGGAUUUGAGGCAAUGCGCGAGUAUGCAGAGCGCUACAUGGCCGCUUUUCCCGACGACCCCAACUGCUCCGCCAUCCGAGAACACAUGCGCAUUCUGCAUCAGGAGGUGGCAACGCGCGGACGCACAAAGAACGUCGAGAUGCUGUGGCAGGCUGAACGCCUUGCCCGUAGCAUGAACAUGGGGCGUACCACGUGCUGUAAAAGCGGCAAGGAUCGUACGUCCAUGGCUGUGACCCUGGAGGAGGUGACGGUCAUGCGCCAGUUCUAUGAGAUUGAUGAGAUUACCAAGGAGUCGGUUCUUUCCAAUCUGAGAUCCAAAGGUGUGCGCAUUGAGAAUGUACUGAAGAACAUUGGUGAGAAGCGUUAUGCUUUCAACGUGCUUCAGGUGCAGGCACUCCCUGCCAUGCUGCGGCCCCCGGAUGGCUACUACGGCUCGUCCACCACCUAG